AUGCCGAGUCUCUCCAAGGUCUGGUCAUUCUCAGCUCCCACCCGAGUUCCGCUUGCAGUGUUCCCCACUUUCAACGAGGACAAUACUCCUACGAUCGGGGCGGAUGGAUAUCCAAUCUUCGCCAAGUACACCGUCAUCGGUGAAUCAGUCGGUUCCCAGAUGCGCCUUCGUGCCUUGGCUGUGAAGGGCAAGUCAAAGUCUCAGUGGUGGACGGGAAGCCACCCCGCGUGGCAGGUUGCAUUCGAGAACACGAAGCCCAGCGAUGAUGGCUUCACAGCCAAAUCCGAGCCCUCAUACUCAACGAAGGAGGGGGCGCCCUUCGCUUUGAUCGUUGGAACAGAGCCCCGGGCCGAAGUGGAAAGAAUCGUGCGCGGACUCUUGAAGGGGAGGAUGAAGAGCAAGCAUACCCUGGACGAGCGGGACAAAGACGUGAUCAGCGGUCAACAGUGGCUGUGUGUCGCGUCAAACCUCGAGACGAGCCGACAGCUGGACCGGCUGGUGAGAGCAUGCCAGGAGAAGAAGAGAUGUCUGACGGAGCAAUCAGACUCCGGGGUCUUGGGCACGAGAGAUGUCGAUGAUGACGAUGACGAGGUCGAGGACGAGACGGAGGGAGGUGGCAACGGGGAGGGACCGUCUUCCGAGAGAAGGGUGACCUUUGGGUGA